AUGAAUUUAAAAAAUAGUAAAACAAUUUUAAUUUUAAAUUUAGUUCUUCGAAAAGAUGAAACGUUAACAAAACACUACAAAUUAUAUUUCGAAGCAUUGAAAAAUUCAAUUAAUCAACAAGCAAACAAGAUUAUUGUUGAUUAUCUCCUUUGGUUCAGAUGGGUAGAUAAUUCAGUUAAAGAAAAAAAUAAAUGGCAAAUAACAAACAAUUGCAUAAGCAUGCGGGAAGUCAUCAAGGAUAGUAACCUUUUUUUAAAAAUUAGUUAUGGAAUGAUUUUAUGGAGCGAUGAAGAGACUAUUGAGAAAAUACAGAAAGAAUUCUUUUACAGAAUGUAUUUUUUGAAGGAAUACAUUGGCGUACAGCAAAAAGAUAAACUUAGAGUUAGUAAAAUUAUGAAUAUAAAGACUAAAGCUCUGUUUUAUAGACUAAGGUUGUCAGAUAGUUGGAAAUCUUCGGAUAUCCGGAUCCGAUAUCCAAACCGAAAAGUUGGAUAUUCGGAUCCGGAUGAUUUUUAUGGGGAUCCGGUAUCCGAAAGAAAAUUUCGGAUAUCCGGAACAUGCUGA